AUGGACACGACAAGACCGACGACCGAGCAGCCGCCGCCGCCUAGCAUCGUCGAGCAGGUCCGCGACCACGCCAUCGCCGGCGCCAUCUUCGGCUCCGCCUGCAACUUCGUCGAGGGCGCCUGGAAGUCGCCGAGCGGGAGCCGCCUCUCCGGCGGAGUCCUCGCGGUCCCCAAGAACGCGCGCAGCAUCGGCAGUUGUGCAGCAUGGUUUGGCGUCGUCCAAUCGGUUAGGUGCGCCGUGACCCAUGUGUCACCGGAUUACCCCUAUGAAUCCACCGUCGCAUGGGGCGUCACCGACGCCCUCUUCUCCAUGCAUCGCGGGCCGCGCGCGGUCGCCCGCUCCGGGCUCAUGGGUGCCGCCAUAGGAGUGGCCUUCGACAUGGCCGAACAUAGCUUAAAACGCUUCCUUGCCUCACGGCCACCACGGGAAGACGAUCGCCGCAUCCCUUCUGAGUCCGCUGCUUGCCCGGCCGGGAUUCCCGACGCCACACGUCGUCGUGUUUGA